GUUUUUUUAUAAAUUACAGAGUAAAGCUGCUAAAAUGCAUCAAACAAUUUCCAGUCUUCGAGCUGUAAACAAAUCAACAAACAAAACAAAAUGUUCAAAUUCGCCGUUGUUAUCUUCGCUCUCAUCGCCUGUGCUGCUGCCAAGCCUGGCGUCCUCCUCAGCCAGCCAUUGGCUUAUGCUGCUCCAGCUGCAUUUGUUGCUGCUCCUGCUCCAUAUGUGACCGCCACCAGCAGCCAGGUGAUCGCCCGCAACUACAAUGGAAUCGCAGCUGCUCCAGUGAUUGCUCCAGUUGCCACUCCGUUAGCUACUCCAUUGGCUGCUCCAGUCAUUGCCAAGUACGCUGCUGCUCCUUUGGCUGCUCCUCUGGCUUACAGGUCUCCAUUGGCUGCUCCUCUGGCUUACAGCGCUCCUCUGACUGCUCCUCUUGCCUACAGCUCUCCAUUGGCUUACACUGCUGCAGCUGCUCCAGUUCUGCUGUAAGAACAACGACUUAAAAUAAACAUCCUUCCUACCAAAAAAAAAUUCUCUUAAUGACAAAUUGCGACUGCA